CCUCCCAGUGUACCCUGUUUUGCCUGAGCUACCUGUUCUGAACCUGCCUGCCUGUUUAUUGGAUUUUUGGAUACCUGCCUUGUCUGAUUUGUUUGCCUGUUUGACUGAUCUCCCAGUUUUGAACAUUUAGAUGGAGAACACAACAGAAGGAACCUGGGAGAGUUUACCUGUUACACUCAACGACGGGAUUCUACAAACGCUCCAUGAACUGAAGUUUACACACAUGACACCUGUACAGUCUGCUUGUAUCCCGCUGUUCAUGAGUAACAAAGACGUGGCUGCUGAGGCGGUGACCGGGAGUGGAAAGACGCUCGCUUUUGUCAUCCCGAUUAUUGAGCUGCUGCUGAAGAGAGAAGAGAAGCUGAAGAAGAUGCAGGUCGGAGCCUUGGUGGUCACUCCCACCAGAGAACUGGCUCUUCAGAUCAGCGAAGUGAUGGAACAAUUCAUUCAGAAGUUUCAACAGUUUACGCAGAUUUUACUGAUCGGUGGAACCAACCCGAUAGAUGAUGUGGAGAAGUUCAAGGAUAAAGGGGCAAACAUUGUGAUCGCGACCCCGGGCCGUCUGGAGGACAUGUUCAGGAGGAAGUCUGACGGUCUGGACCUGGCCGGCUCCGUCAAGAGUCUGGACGUUCUGGUCCUGGACGAGGCCGACAGACUGCUGGACAUGGGCUUCGAGGCCAGCCUGAACACCAUCCUGGGCUACCUGCCGAAGCAGCGGCGGACCGGCCUGUUUUCAGCCACUCAGACUCAGGAGCUGGAGAAGCUGGUGCGGGCCGGACUCAGGAACCCCGUACGCAUCACCGUCAAAGAGAAAGGCGUGGCCGCCACCGCCGCCAUCCAGAAAACACCGUCCAGACUCUCCAACUACUACACCAUUUGCAGAUCCGAAAACAAGUUCAACAACUUGGUGGCGUUUCUGAGGCAACACAAGCAUGAGAAGAACCUCGUCUUCUUCAGUACGUGUGCCUGUGUGGAGUACUAUGGUCGAGCUCUGGAGACGCUGGUGAAGAAGGUGACGGUUCACUGCAUCCACGGCAAGAUGAAGAACAAACGCAACAAGAUCUUUGCAGACUUCCGAGCUCUCAAGAGUGGGAUCUUGGUGUGUACAGAUGUUAUGGCCAGAGGAAUCGAUAUUCCAGAUGUGAACUGGGUGCUGCAGUACGAUCCUCCCAGCAGCGCCAGUGCGUUUGUGCACCGUUGUGGACGUACGGCUCGUAUUGGUAAUCAGGGCAGCGCGCUGGUCUUCCUGCUGCCGAUGGAGACGACAUAUGUCGACUUUUUAUCCAUCAAUCAGAAAUGUCCGCUGCAGAAGAUGUCCCUCCCCAGUGACGUGGUGGAUGUUCUGCCUAAAGUUCAGGCGAUGUCUCUGGCGGACAGAGCGAUGUUCGACAGAAGCAUGAGGGCCUUCGUGUCCUUCGUGCAGGCUUACGCCAAACACGAGUGUAGUCUCAUCUUCAGGAUCAAAGAUCUGGACUUUGCCUCUUUGGCUCGCGGCUUCGCGCUCCUCCGGCUGCCGAAGAUGCCGGAGCUGAGAGGGAAAACGUUCCCGGACUUCGUGGGGACGACGGUGGACACGGAGACGAUCCGCUACAAGGACAAGAACCGAGAGAAGCAGCGGCAGAAGAUGCUCGCUGAGCUCAAAGACAAGGAAAGGAUCCCCUUCGUUAAAAGGAGCUUUGAGAAGAACAAAGCCUGGUCCAAGCAGAAGACCAGGAAGGAGCGCAGGAGGAAGAGGACGGCCAAGAGGAAGCACGAGGUCUCUGAGGACGAAGACGAAGACAUGAAGGAGCUUUUGGAGGACACGCGCCUCCUGAAGAAGCUAAAGAAAGGUCAGAUCAGCGAGGAGGACUUUGAGAAACAGAUAACGAGCGGACCCAAACACCAAACAGAAGCUCCCUCCGGAGGAGACGAGGACGCGUGA